CCUCUCUGAGCUAAACCCUCCUCCCCUAACCUCAUCAUCACAUUCUUCUCCCCGUCGACUGAAAAGCUCUGAAAUUUCAUGCACCUGAGCAAUAGGAAGUGUUUUUAGUAUUUCUCUAGAAUAAUCCUCGUGUCCCACACAGAGCAAACGUCGAGAUCUGCCGUUGGCAUCGUGGACGUGGCAUUGGCCCAUCACGAGAAUCUCCGGCCGACACAAAACAAACCUCUGCUAGGAACAACACUAAUAUCGCCGGCCGUCCAAAUUAAGUUGUGCGCAGCAUAUCAGCAAGAUGGUUAACGGAGUUUGAACCAGCUACUCCAAGUCCAUACAGCAAGCAAGGCACAUGUAGCUAGAAGUGGUGCUGCUGUUAUAGGGUUCACAAAAAUUGAUGGCGGUUCACGUGGUGCUCCUCGCCGUGCCGGCCGUGGCGGGCGGGUUCCUGAAGGCGUUCCAGUUCGCGUUCCUGCUAUGGCCGUUCAACCUCGCGCUGCCGCUCGCGCGCCACCUGCCGCGGGCGUCCAUCACGCUCCGGAGCGUGGCGUCCUUCUACGCCGCCGAGCUGCGGAGCUACGUGAGCGGCGCCCGGCUCGGCGUCCAGCGGCUACCGCCGCCACGGAGCCAGCAGUACGCCUCGUUCCGAGGUGGCGAGCAGCAGAGGACACACGAGGAGGUCGUCGCGCACGCCAUGAUCGCCCUCAUCGACAUCUCCUACUGAUGCAUGGGUGCCCCGUGCCUUCCACUCCGCACUGCCGGGUGAUCCGUUGUGUGCGCUGGUUGAUUCCUCAGAUUUCGCGGUGGUAGUCUUGAUCGGUUAGCUCCAUUUUAUUUUGAUCAUGUAAAUAGUCUUUUUCCCCAUGCAUUCGUCAGCUGAGGUGACUAGCAAGCACCUUCACUGUGGAUUUGCUGCAAGCUUGAGAGUAUUAUACGAAACUGAAAAAAUAAAAGUAUUUCGAAUUUACAUAUUUCAGCGACA